GGACGAUGAAUAUUUGAGCACACCUCUUUUGCCUUUUGUAACGAGGCGAGGGAACCGAAUGUUGUGUCAAAAUUGUGAAUGCCAGCGCAGAGUUGCAUAGCAUAACGUGGGCGAGGCUGCGUAGUUUGAAGUUCACGCUGUCGUUCUCGUAUUGCUGUUUGUUCCAGUCAUUACAGCGUGAAAUUUCAUCGUUCCAUCUACACAGGCGGUCGUAAAAGCCAGGUUGACGGUGUUGGGUAGGAAGAGAACAGAUUACGGAGUCCGUGGACACUAACAACACCUACAAGAAACUCUGCGCAACAAUGACGGCACAAAUACAAUCCCCUCACCAAAAGGUAUUCCAUGAAGCAGUCAAAAAUGGCGAUACUACCGAACUUGCUCGUGUGCUUGAGACGGCCAGGCAGGACGUCAACGUUAACAUGUUUGACUGCGAGGGACAAACUGCGCUACACCAGUCUGUCAUUGAUGGCAACUUCGAGCUAGUCAAAUUACUCGUUCAGUUCGGAGCUGAUGUAAAAUUGGCCAACCGCGACGGUUGGAACGCUUUGCACAUCGCGGCGUAUGGUGGACACGAGGAUAUCGCCCUAUACUUAAUAACAAAUGUCAAUAGCUGUAAAAGAUAGGCAGGAGGACCGUCAAUGUGGACCCGACCAAGAACUACACGACUCUAAUUCAGUGCGAGGGAAGUAACACCCUGUAUUUUUUUACAUUGAAAUCGCAUCUUGUGUAUAUAUAUAACUAAACGUGUUGUAAAUAUCAGUCACCAUUUAACUAAACUCUACAAUAGUUAACACCUUUCCCGAUUUCAACAUUUUACCUCAGAAGGAUUCCGUUUGAGUGUGGAUUCGUAUGCCACUAUGGGUAGGCAGAGCUAUUUCACCGAGCAGUUUUCAAGUUCGAGCCAGCUCCCCCGGCGUGUGAUUUGCCCUCAUUGACCUUCGCUAUGCCUAUUUCUGAGGUCACAUAGUUGCAAUGGCAGUAAUGCAUACGUAGUGCCGGGGCCAUGUUUGUUCACUUUGGAACGCUGUACAAAGCGUGUAUUCCAUGGUGAUGAGUUCACCGUGUUAACAAGAAUUACUACCAAUUAACACUUGGCGCAUCUUUUAGCUGUAUUUACUAGUAGCAGAAUGGAUUCUCGGCACGCUGGCAAUGUACGCCACUAUGAUGUGUAUCCCAGCUGUCAACAUGGACGUGUUGUUAUGCUACGUUUUCAGAAACUGGCUCGUCUUCAGUUUACUGUUUCGCGUUAGUUCAGCAACGGAAAAGCUCUUAGCGGCCAUACGUGCACAGAUUGCAACUUUCCAAGAAAAUAACUGUUUCUUCCUUUAAAUAUUGGUUUGUCCAAGGACGAUGUACAGGAUCAUUAUUUAUGGUUUAAAUGUCUUCUUGUACGCCUCAUUAUACAAGGCGAACACAACUUCUCUGGUGCUAGAAACCAUAGACCUGAGGUCUAUAUAGAAACUUAUAAAAAAAACAUUCAAAACAUUUUCGGAUCAUGGGCAUGUUCAGUGUCCUCGAUGUUGUUGCAACCGACUACACGAAGGCAACUCUAGUUUACAAAAAAAAAAAAA